AUGAAAAUAAACGAAAGCCCACAAAUGCGAUCAACAACAGAAGGAAAUCAUUGGAAUACGAAAAUUCAUCGAGUACACGAACAUUCAUAUUUAGUUUCUCUUGAUACACUCAAACAAGAAACACAGUUUCAACCCAAAACAUUAACAUUAACAGAUAUUCAUAAAGAAUUCAUUCAUAGCAAAGAAAAUAUUUUGAAUAGUCAAGGUUUUAUUCAUAUAAAAGAAUAUUCUCUUGAUGCUUAUGAAUGUCGAUGCCGUGAACAUACAGAUUUUUUAACUGGUAAAAUGAUUAACAAUAGUAAAGAACAUUUAUUAGAUUAUAAACUAGAAUUUUAG